AUGCACAUUCCUGAUCGCCGCGGAGUGGUUGCGGCCAAGCAUCACCUUGCACUGACUGCACAAGAGAAGUCGUGCGUCACUCUCCUUGAUGUUGUUCGUAACCUUGAGUGGUCCUUCGGUAGGGACGGUGAGCCAAAGACCAAGCCGAUUAUGAAUUCUGUUCAGCAAUCCGCCGUCAUUCUCUACAGGCGUUUCUCCUGCUCCCUCUUCUUCCGUAAGUCAUCCGAUGAUCUGCUCGUCGCGUUGAAUGCCCGCCGUCGUUUGCCUGUCGUUGUGUCGUCUGGUUCCUCUUCGGAGGACGAUGAGUCCACCAGUUCCCACUCCGGUGCCGCCACCUCUCCCCCUUUGGGGUCCUUGUUCAGUCUCCCGCUGAGUACCAUGUCGCCCCGGACCAGCCAGCCUCCCGCCGCCAGUCCGCAGCCCGCUAGCUCGCCUCUGGCGAGUCCCGUUCUGGGCGGUUCUCCGCUACGGGCCAAGGGCCAAGUGCUGGGCACAACGAAACUGCCCACACCGCACAGCAAUGAGACUUCGAUCAGCAUCGGCAUACUUGCUAUAAUGGAUCGACAAUGUCCUCGGCAGUCUGGUGCCCACCGUGUGGUUGACGACAGCCGCCAUACCUACCUGCGCAUGCAAUGA